UACUUGUAAAGGCAAGCGCUAGGGAGCCGCCUAGACUGUAUAAAGUCUUUAGUGUAUUAGGAUUGUUUGCUGCUUUCAUGAUUUGGCAGUUACUUACCAUGGAAGCGGAUACUUUAAUUCAUCAAAGUCUUCAGUAUCUAAUACGAUGGAAUCUCGAUGAUGUUGCUGUUGCGAGUUCCUCAUUUUCCAGCAGUGUAACAGAAAUGAUUCUUGUUUAUGAAUUGAUAGAAUACGAAGAAGUGGAUAUUGCGUUUGGUCUCGUUACCGGUUUGGUUGUAUACAACACAAUCGGUAGCUUCCCUGCCAUGGUCCUCCAACCUUGUUUCGAUACAUCAUCCCCUCUUUUCAUCACUAACAAUAAUUCUACCAUAUGCGUGUUUCUAUUCUUGAUGAUCGGUUACACCUUUGUUGCACUAAGCAUUUCUAAUUUUGAACUGCGCCGUAGCUUUGGUAUUUUCUUAAGCAUAUUUUACACUGUUUUCUUUCUGUUUAUAAUAUUAUCGGCCUAUGAAUUUAUACAUCCUUAUGGCUCCCAACAUUCUCCUACAGUUCUCUAUAAUUCGUUAACACAUUCUAAUUGGUCAUAA